CCCCUAUUGUCUACUUUUCAUCUCCCCCAAUUUCCAACCCCCAAACUUGCCAAGAACAACAUUUUCAUCGCUUUUCUUAACCUGCUCCAUACCACAACUAAUCGCUGUCCGCUGUCCACUGUUCUACUAUCCGCUAUCCUUCGCGUCGUCCACGUUCCUGAGAUCCUGUCUCUCUUUCGUUGCCAGUCGAUGACCGUUAUGUCUCAACAAUCCCUUAAAUAGGAUCAUGAUUACAAGAGCAUGUCACUCCAAACCGUCCGGAAUGUCGUAUUGUUAUUCAGCAAUCCCAGCUGGUCAGAUGGCCAUUCGAUCCCUAGCACCAUUCUCAGAAACAUCACCGCAUUAUCUAGACAGAUAGCAUAUUCCGAGGACCUACUUGGAAACGUUACUACUCUAUCAACAACCUCGGUGUCGACGGCAAACGGAGUUGUCCAAGGCCUAUUAUACGUACCAGAUUUAGCCGCCAACGACCCGUGCCAGAACCUAACAGCAGAUUACAUACCUAAAAAUGUAACUCGCCAGGUCAACUUACCAACCACGAAUUAUAAUCUAAUAGCCCUUGCACCAUGGAUCAACACCAACUGUACCCGGUCGUUUCUCUCCUCGGCCAGGCUGGAUCCUAUUCGAGGCAUGCUAGUCUAUCGUCCAGAUGACGACGACACCAACCAACCCCCGGAUGCGGAUGAUGAUGUUUGGAAUCUAGGUGACGGAAAUGCCUGGAAAGCGCAAAAUCGAUACCCCGUCUACGCAAUUCCCGGCAGCUCAGGAAAUCAGAUGAUGCGUCAACUCAGCCUAUAUUCUGGUGAUUUAUCAACAGUUCCCUUCAGCGACCAGAUUAUCUCGACGUAUUCGCCAAAUCCAGCCGAUUAUGUACGAGUAUGGACGGAGUUAUCAGUGAUUACCGUGUCGACGACGCUCCCCCUCUGGGCCUUCAUUCUAAUUAUUUUAGGGGUAAUAAUAUCUGUUAUCGGCAGCACAUCGCUACUUAUGCACUUUGUCCAGAGCCGUCGCCGUGCAGCAUUACGAGGGCGUGUCGAACGGGGAGAAGUAAAUUUGGAGGCAUUAGGUAUCAAGAGAUUAAGAGUGCCAUUAACUCAUAUACAAACUUUUCCGCUAUUCACAUAUAAUUACGAUCCGCCAAUACCAACAUCCCCCACGUCGCCAAAAUUCUCAAAGGGGAGGAGAUCAUCGGAAGCUAGUCGACAGCCCAUCAACAUGAAGGCCGAGAAAACCGAUGCGCCUAUUAACUAUCAACCUGCCUGUCUUAUUUGCUUAGAAGACUUCGAAUCUAAGAAGACAAUAAUCCGGGAAUUAUCCUGCGGUCAUAUCUUCCACCCCGAAUGCAUCGAUGAGUUUCUAAGCCAAAUGAGCUCAUUAUGCCCUUCCUGCAAAGCAUCGAUGCUCCCUCCUGGCUAUUGUCCUGAGAUCACCAACUCCAUGGUUCGCAGGGAAUUUGGUACAAGGAGGCUUAGGUCACGAGGUGGUGCCAUAAUACACGUGGAUGUUGAAAGAGGACGGGAAAGACUGUCGUCGUGGAGCAGCACUAUGAAAAAACAUAUAUGUCGUGUGUCAUCUCCGAAGCCGGAAGAAGCCGUUGAUUUGCCAGAACAGCGGCCCAGGAUUGAGAGGCAAAGUACUGUCGGGACAGCGCGAGAUCGUAUGCAGGACCUAGUCGUCCCCGUCGACGAAACCAAUAGUGAUGACGGGCGGCCUCAAUGGAAACGCACGGCUCUCAAAGUCUUCCCGGGGUUUAGAUAACCGGAUUGGGGACAUUUUAUACGUUAACGGAAUGGCAUUUGCAUGGUUUGGCGUCUGGUUAACAGGAUAGCAUAUUUAUGGGAGCUUAAUGCGGGGCCUAUCAAGGCGUUCAUGAGGAAACGGAUAUUGAUUUUAACGAUGCCCCCGGCAUCCAUGGACGUGGGUCGCGGUGUAUUAAGGAAUCGGGUUUGCAUAUGAAGACUGCUUGGAUAUACCCAGAUUCGACAUGAUCGAUUUUCCCGAGGAAUACAAAGAAGAAUUCGCAUUGUUAAUACUUAGUACAGUACCUGAACUUGAAUAAUGACUGUAGAUGUGCGGUACCACAAUACGAUCGUCCC